UUGCAAGUUUGGUCCACCUGAUUUGCCAUCAGCAUGUCUUUCCCUCAAUAUGUAGCAACGUUCGCCCUUGUGGGUCGUGAGGAAAAAAGAGAUUCAUAAGAAAUUUGAAGAAUGUAGAGAGAGAAUAUUUGAAUUGUCCUGGCUAGUCAUAAAUCGAAUAACCGAACCAAACCGACAAUAACCAAACCGGUGGUUAUUAUUUUAUGUGGUUUGGUUAUAGUUUUAGACAUUUAAAAACCAAUUAAAUUAUUUUAGUUAUGAUUUUAAUCAAUAACCGAUCCAAACCGAACCAUGAACACCCCUAAUUUUUCAAUUACUUGUCAUUUUCCUUGACAUGCUGGGAAAACUAAUUGGGCCAACAUAGAAAAUUGGGAGCCCAUAAACCUUCCUUUUAAGAGUAUGAUUUUGCAGGCCCGUAUAUAUAAAUCGAAGCAAAACCUCCAUCAUUGAAGCAAGCAAGUCCUAAAGAAAGUAAAAAGAAAAAAACAACAAAAAUUCAGCAGAAAUGGCGAUAACACUGAACAGAGGCUACAAGAUGCCGAUUGUGGGACUGGGUGUUUGGCGAAUGGAAGGAAAAGAUAUAAAAGAUCUUCUCAUCAACGCCAUCAAGAUUGGCUACCGUCACUUUGAUUGUGCUGCUGACUAUCAAAAUGAAGCUGAAGUUGGGGAAGCACUCGAAGAAGCAUUUCAGACAGGGCUCGUGAAGAGGGAGGAUCUUUUCAUUACAACCAAGCUUUGGAACUCUGACCAUGGUCAUGUUCUUGAGGCCUGUAAAGACAGUCUUAAGAAGUUACGCCUUGAUUAUCUGGAUCUCUACCUUGUUCACUUCCCUGUAGCCACAAAACAUACAGGAGUUGGUACAACAUCUAGUGCAUUGGGUGAGGAUGGUGUUCUUGAUAUAGAUACCACCAUAUCAUUGGAGACUACGUGGCAUGCAAUGGAAAAUCUAGUAUCCCUGGGCUUGGUUCGCAGCAUAGGAAUCAGCAACUAUGACAUCUUUCUCACCCGAGAUUGCUUAGCAUAUUCCAAGGUGAAGCCUGCUGUGAAUCAAAUCGAGACUCAUCCUUAUUUCCAGCGUGAAUCUCUUGUCAAAUUCUGCCAAAAGCAUGGCAUAUGUGUUACAGCACACACUCCACUUGGUGGUGCUGCCGCUAAUACUGAAUGGUUUGGUACAGUGUCAUGCCUGGAGGAUCCGGCUCUAAAAGGUCUAGCUGAGAAAUAUAAGACGACUGUGGCCCAGGUUAUUCUGCGCUGGGGCAUCCAACGAAACACAGUUGUGAUUCCGAAAUCAUCUAAACUGGAGAGACUGCAGGAGAACUUCAACAUUCUUGACUUCGAGCUCACCAAAGAAGACAUGGACCUCAUCAAAAGUUUGGACCGCAACUAUAGGACCAACCAACCUGCAAAGUUUUGGGGCAUAGAUCUGUAUGCCUAAAAGUUUCAUGCUUCAUGUCUCAUUUUGACUCCAAAGGCACCAGGAUAGGGUACUAAGCUACUUAGACGAGCAUCUCAUUUGAAUAUGGAAAAGUGAGUUUAUGUUGACAUGAGAGAGACCAUUCACUGCUCUACCUAUGAUGUAGUUAUGUUUUUUUUCAUUUGGAACUUGUGUACCAAGGCUGAUGGAUGGCGUUUGAGUUUCUGGGAGUGUGCAUUUCCCUUUUCCCCUGGGGCAACACAUCUCCCAUCCAACGACAAAUAAAACUAUCGGCUAUUAAAAUGCUGCGAAA